GUCUGCUCUGGUGCUUUGCUUUGCCUUUCUAUAUUUUUCAGGUCUCCUCUUUUUGGCUCCCUGACAGCUCAAAUUAAAGUGAAUUCCAAAAUCUUUUCCCCUCCUUCAAAAAGCUUCUCCAAAUUUUUGCUUCUUUUCUUCAACAUUCUUCCUCUGCAAUCUCUCUCAGUAUUUAACGUGAACAAGACUAUAUUUAGAGAAAGAGAAGAUCACAAGAGUUUCUGUUGAAAAAUGACUGCGCCAUCAGCGGCUACUACAACUAAGUUUAUCAAAUGUGUGACUGUUGGAGAUGGAGCUGUUGGAAAGACGUGUCUUCUUAUCUCUUACACUAGCAACACCUUCCCUACAGAUUAUGUUCCUACUGUUUUUGAUAACUUCAGUGCCAAUGUCAUGGUUGAUGGCAAGACUGUGAAUCUGGGUCUCUGGGACACUGCUGGUCAGGAGGAUUACAACAGGCUAAGGCCUCUAAGUUAUAGAGGAGCUGAUGUUUUCAUUCUUGCCUUUUCACUCAUAAGCAGGCCUAGCUAUGAAAACAUUUCAAAAAAAUGGGUCCCGGAGCUCAGACAUUAUGCCCCGUCAGUACCCAUUAUUCUGGUGGGGACUAAACUAGAUCUGAGGGAAGAUGGACAAUUUCACCUGGAUUAUCCUGGAGCAUGCACCAUUUCAAGAGAGCAGGGCAUAGAACUCAAGAAGCAAAUAGGAGCAUUGGCAUAUGUAGAAUGCAGCUCUAAAACACAGCAGGUUUGUCUCUCAUCUCUGCACAUUCUCAUAAAGAAUGUGAAGGCCGUGUUUGAUGCUGCAAUCAAGGCAGUUCUCCAACCUCCAAAGACCAAGAAGCAAAAAAGAAAACAAAGGGUCUGCCAUAUUCUUUAGUUAGCUUUCCUUAUAUGCUCCUAAAGUUUUCCAUCUUGUCUUUUUUUUUUUCUUUUGCUUCUCUCUUUCUGGGUGGCGCCUGUGCUGCCUUAAAUUGAUUUUCUUUUUCAUUCUUUUCAUCGGAUUUGUUAAUAGACUGCAUCCUAUAUAUGCAUUUGAUCUUUCUAUCGAAAAAGGGAGAAAUUCUAGGACAA